AAAAUGGCGACUCCCAUGAAUUUGACAGAAAAAAUAAAUUUUCUACGAGAAAAGUCCUACAAACUUGAAACAUUUGAAAAAGUUAAAGAAAUUGACUACAACAAUUUUUUCAAAGAAUAUCUGCUUGCAAAUAAACCUUGUAUAUUUACCCCAGAUGUCACAAUGCAGUGGAAGAGCAGAAAAGAUUGGGUCAUGGAAAAUCACACACCAAACUACACGUUUCUUAGGGCACUGUUUGGUGAUGCCAUAGUGCCGGUAGCAAAUUGUAAACAGGAACAAUACAGCUCACAUCCUAAACAGGACAUACUGUUGUCAGAAUACCUUGAUUACUGGGAGAAGUACAGGGUUGAUGGAUAUCCAGAGGAUGAACCUCGCCUGUAUCUCAAAGACUGGCAUUUUACCAAAGCAUAUCCAGACUAUAAGGCUUAUACCACUCCAGUAUAUUUCCUGUCAGACUGGCUCAAUGAAUUCUGGGAUACCCUGCCUCAAGAUGAUUACAGAUUUGUGUAUAUGGGACCUAAAGGAACUUGGACACCUUUUCAUGCAGAUGUUUACAGAUCAUUCAGCUGGUCAGCCAAUAUCUGUGGCAAGAAAAAGUGGAUAUUUUAUCCUCCAGGAUGUGAGGUGAUGUUAAAAGAUAACCUAGGAAAUCUUGUCUAUGAUGUCACGUCUCCAGACCUUGAAAACCAGAAAAAGUUUCCUAAUGCAUUCAAGGUUAAAGGUCAAAUGCUAGAGGUCAUACAAGGUGAAGGUCAAAUUAUUUUUGUACCAAGUGGCUGGCAUCAUCAAGUUUAUAAUCUGGAAGAUACCAUAUCUAUAAAUCACAACUGGCUAAAUGGGUGUAAUAUAGAUAUAUGCUGGAAACAUUUACACAGUGGCCUACAGGAUGUCAAGAAAGAAAUUGAACAUUGCCGAGAUAUGGAUGGAUGGAACACACAGUGUCAGCUUAUAUUGAAAGCCUGUGCAGGAAUUGAUUAUAAACAGUUUUUACAAAUGCUAAGAGUGAUAGCAGAGAACAGAAUAGAACAGCACAAAAAGCAAGAAACAAGUGGUGCAAUUGCAGAAUUAUGUAUAGGUAACACUGGAAUUGUGGCUGAAAGUCAGCCACUAGAUAACAGAAAACAACAAGAAAUGCAAGAAAACAAUGUGAAGGAAAUAUAUAUGAGUGAAAAAUGCAGUAAUGAAAUUAGUGAACUUGAAAAAGAGAGAACAAAAGAACAGAAAGAGGUAUAUACAAAAAGAAGCUUUUGUGAUAAAAAAGAAUUUUCUCUUCCAAAGGAACUUUGGGAACAUUUUGCAAUGUUUGCUUUUUCAUCAGAUUGGGAGUGGUCUGAAAAUGACUAUUUGAUAUUUGAUUUAUAUCGUAUCAGACAUAUUUUACAAGUUAUUAUUUCAGAUGAAGAUUACAAAAGUUUAUAUAAAGAAUAUAACGAUUCUGCUGAAUACAUUAUAGAUAUUAUUGAAUCAUGGAAAACAAACAAACUAUUACCUUUUAAUUAAUUCUCUGCUGAUCAACUGAUAUCGCCUGACCAUCAUACACCAGCAGUUUCAGGAGUAUAAAUUAAAUGUUUGGUGUUUGACAAAAACAAUUCUGUUUUGGAAGCUGAUGUAGUUAUACCUGGAUUGCUUCUUAGUAUAUUUCAUCUUGUAAAUAAACCUGUGUGUGUUAAA